UAGAAUAAACGUUUACCAUAAGUAUGGCGGUCGUGGAUCUCAACGUGAACCGCAGCCUAGUUGUCUCCAACUUUGAUGGCUACAAGCUGUCCUUCGAUCCUGUGCCGGUUCUGCGGCAGGAGCUUGAGUGCGACCCUGUGCGCCAGGAGCUAGCCGCGGAUGAUUUCUCACUUCUACAUGCACAACUGUUUGACUUACAAAAUCAUCUAUUUGCUGAUCCCUGGAUGCGCCACUAUAGUUACUUUUUUAAUGUGCGCCACCAGCUUGUGCAGUGCAGAUAUGAUCCACUUAUUGGACAUGCUGAUGGUCAGCGGGUUGUUUACACGAUGGAUUAUCGCGACCAGGGCGAUGGACACAAACCUAACUUGACGGACUAUAACUACACCCUUAUAUUCGUUUCGGAACGUUUCUGUGUGAUUUGCGACGGGAGGACCUCGUAUCACCUGAUUGACACAGGCGAUCGAUCCCGAUCCGGUCCACAAGAAUGGCAGCGUAUCACUCACACGCGGGUAAAUAGUACCAUUGAGUUUCACGGCUUUAUACUCUACGAUGCCCGGCUGGAUAUGGUAAAGGAAUGCAAGCAAAUCUCUCUGGUUGCCGGACAUGUGGCACGCCGUCCUGCCGUAGGCGGGAGACAAACGCAAAUUCAUUUCAUGGAUCUAACCUUAGGUCGUUGGACCCAGUCACUGGAAAACAACGAGUGGUCCUACAGUGUUUGUCAAAGUCUGGAGACCACUGGUUCCAUCUUCUACUGUGCCUUUGAGCCGCGAGCCGAGUCCCUAAUUAUUGCCAGCAAUCGUGAGGUACAAACACGAGAGCAGCGCAAGAUAACCGACGAAGCUGCAGUCCAUGCUGGACCCGAUGCUGCAGCGAAUGCUGUAUCGGAAACUUUUGCUUCCCUGCUGGAAAACGGCGGUGAAGCAAACUAUACUUGGUCUCAGACGAUUGAGAAUGUGGUCAUCACAUUAGAAGUGCCACCCUUUACUCUUGAAAGCGACUUCAACGUUCGCUGUACAACUUGCACUGUGGUGGUGGAAUAUAAGACCCAGGUGAUUUUCACCGCAAGUUUAUACAGCAAUCUGGACCCGGAUUAUCCAGAGUGGAAAAUUAGGACGGAUGGACUGGAAGUGGUGCUGGCUAAGAAGGAGCAUGAACACUGGCCACGAUUGCUUGCGGAGUUGGAAGGUGGAGUGGCGGAGCAAAUAAUAUCCUUCGAAGGGGGGCAGAUGCCAAUUCCUAAUCUUGCGGACCCCGUUGAGGAAUGUGACAUAGAUAACGAUGACACUAAAAUGGUGCGCUUUAAUCUGCCUAGCGGUAGCAUCACUCAUACUAUUUUCCUCAGCUCCUCGCCACUGCUGUUUACCACGACAUUGCGUCCUGGAUUUCCGGCAGCCUUUGCGACGCGCGAGGGUGUGGAUGCCUCAAUAUGGUUGCAGAUGUACCAACCCACUCGACCGGACGAAUGGAGCGUUCGUCAUGAGGGACAACUGCACGCCUUUGGCUACGUACUUGCUUCUAAGCAGCAGCGCAAGUUUACUGGCUGCUGCCCGGAUUUGGACUACGUGGUCAUCUGUGAGAGUUGUCGCCAUGUGAUAAUCUAUCGGCCGCAUCAUGAUUCCGCUAGUGGUCUGCGCAAGCGCAACGGUCCACCAGUCACUCUGGGCAAACAGAGUCUCAUUACCAUGCCUGAUCACACCGGCGAGAUUCUGGGCAUGACCACAGCCAAUAAUGUGAUCACCAUUCUUUCCAAGAAAGCCCUGCUACACCUGCAGGUGUAGUAGGAGUUCGAUUCCCAUUGGCACGCAGCACAUUCGGAAUUUUAUUUUAGUUUUUCGUAUAAAGUUGGUAAGAUUAAAAUAUUUAAUAAACUCUUUUUAAAUAUUUUUAACUCCAUUUUAUGCUUUUUAAAACUUGUUAUACUGGUUUUGCACUGGCUGUUUUGAAUAUUUCAAUAAUAAGUAAAUGAUAAAUAGUUAAAUAUCAAAUUUUAAUUUUCUAAUAUAUUUUUUUGCCCUAGGAUAACAAACAACAUUCAAAGUAGGCGGUCGUCUCUCGUUCAAAAUUCUAUUUCGCCAAACGAACCUUUUUAACGUUACUUAGAAUUGAAUUUUAAUAGUGAUAUCACAUUCAGGCAAAAGCAAAUUUAAAAAUCAAAUAAAACCAGAAGUAAGUAUAGUAUUAA